AUGGCAGAGUGGGAGAAACAAAAGGAGAAGGAGCCGCAGGCCGCCACGCCUACCAACCCCCCAGCGGCCGACAUUGUCCCGCAGCCCGAGGUUGAGGCGAGCACCGAGAAGCCUAAGACCAAGGAGAAGAAGAUUGGUAAGAAGGGAGCGCCGAGACCGGUGCCCAAGGAGCUCAAGACUGACCAGAAGAGGGAAGCGCCGAGACCGGUGCAACAGCACCCCCCUCCCGCUCCCAGCUACACCUGGGAUCAUGCCGGUCUGAGGGAGGUCAAGGCCAUGCCUAUGUGGCAGGGUGUCAUAAGGGACUUGAGCUUCAGGAGACCCGCGUUCAAGGACGCCAAUCACUUCAAGACGGAAUACUAUACGUUCGCGGUCUUUUACGACAACGCAAUCUACAAGGUCUCCCAGGAAUAUCUUGUCUUCUAUGUCAUCAAGAUGAUGUGGAUCACCUACAGUAAGUUUGAUCUCCCUACCUAUGCAUCACUUCACUCACUGACCAUGACUACAGCUGGCAAUGACGAUGAGGACUGGGCCGCCAUGGGAUGGGCGUACCCGCGGAACUUGACCGAGACGCGAAUGGUUGGAGGUCUCGACCCGGUGCUGCACCACCGCGACCAAAGCCAGUUUCCACGCCUGCGCCUGCGCCCCCGCGCGCGCAAGAUCCUAAACCAGUACAGGCAUCCACUGAGCGGCCAGGACACGCUACGACCCGACCGGCUCUCCCGAACCCAGCUAAUAGGAGAGAAUUUUUGGAAUACUGGGGGAAUCGGCAGAGGCAUGCUGAGAAAUGGAGAGAGGCCAUUCGAGGUUCACUUCGGUGGUGAAGUCAGGGAGCAGCUCUAUGGAGAAAAUGCCUUCAGAGACGUCAACUGA